AUGACAGACCUUACAGCUGUUCUUCCUGGAUUUCCGACACAUCAAUAUGUGCGCCUGAUACCGUCUCUCGAGAAGCAGAAGAUCACUACCGCAGAUCUUCUUACAUUAGAUUAUGUUGAGGUAGCAAAACGCGCCCAUUUACCCCUCCUCGAUGUGAAGCGGCUAUGUAGUGCUGUACUGGCAGCGUUGCAAACUGAUAUUGGCAUACAUGAGCCUGACGAUGGCAAGGAGAAUGCGGUCAAUCCUACGCUGAGGAAAAGAGGAAGGGAGAUUCUGGGUUGUAGUACCAUCAGCACUUUGGAUGAUGAUCUAGACCGCGCGUUGGGAGGAGGAGUACCUACGGGAUACAUUACGGAAAUCACAGGCGAAAGUGGUGCAGGGAAAACCCAGUUCCUCAUUACCCUCCUCCUCGCGGCGCAACUCCCUGCUCCCCAAGGCCUCUCUAGUCCAGCCCUGUAUAUCUCAACAGAAUCAGCGUUACCAAUUAAGCGUCUUACCCAGCUUCUUCAGUCUCAUCCUGCGCUCGUAAAUCAUGCUUGCAAGCCGACCUUGGACCGCGUCCACUGCAUAGUAGUCAACGACCUCGAAGCCCAAGACCAUAUCCUUCGUUUUCACCUCCCAGUGCAGAUCAAAAAACAUGGCAUCCGGCUUAUCAUACUCGAUUCAGUGGCAGCAAACUACAGAGCCGAGUUUGAAAGACGAGGUGUAUCAGGCGGUCAGAAUAGUGGUGCGAAUAUGGCGCAGCGGUCAGCAGAAUUAGUGAAGCUAGGACAACUUCUGCGAGAUGUAGCUCGAGAAUACAAUAUUGCCGUUGUAGUCGCAAAUCAAGUUGCAGAUCGAUUCACGGGUCACAGUAGCCAUGGUAGCGAUAUGUCCAAUGGUAACAGUAGUCCGAUCAUACAUCGGAAUGCCACCCAAAGCAGCCCUCUAGCCCGGAGAGGUGCGCAACCAGCAGGAUAUCCAUCUAGCUCGCUGGCUCCUCCACCAAACUCGAGCGCUGUUCCCCUCCCAGCAUCCCAGCGACCAUUCUCCACCACGCCGGAUCCAUUGUCCCUUGACCAUCAACAACGAUGGUUUACGGGCUGGGGAGACGACCCAUCUCCUUAUUCACUGAUAUCGAAGAACAUGAAAACUCCUAGUCUGGGUCUGGUUUGGACGACACAAAUUGCCUGUCGUAUCACACUUAUCAAAAGACCGAUUUAUGGGAGGGCGAUCGUGGUUGAGGAAGAGGAUGUACCUUCCCUAAGGAGGUGGAGACGGUGGAUGAAGGUUGUGUUUGCUCCCCAUGCUAGGGAGAGUGGAGCUGGAUUGAGAGGAGCGGUGGAAUACGAGAUCAAAGGGGAAGGGUUGAGAGCUGUUAAGCGACAGGAUGGAGAUGAGGAUGAAGAAAAUGAAGAGACGUUGCCGGUGUGA